AUGGAAGGCGGCAAGCCCAGAGGAUUGCGUAUCACGGCAUAUUCAUUACUUGAGCACUACCGGCGGUACGGCCCCAAACAAUUGGGCGAGAUUUUUAUGCGCGGCGGUGGGAGCUACAACCCGAACAUUGUUAACUACUUGAGGGAACAAACGCCGACUACUGAUAUCACAACAAUUAAUGAGAUUGGCAUUCCCAUCGGCGCAAAGGAAGCACUGAAUUUUGCUUUCCUUGGGUUUGAAGACUUCGUGGGGAGGCCUAUCAUCAUCCCAAAGAACGCCAGAAAAGGGGCCAUUGGGCAGACCGAGCCAGGAGACAACUACUUCCACAUUUAA